AAUUCCCCUAAAUUCCGUGACCCGGAUUUGACCUGUUAGUGCAACUGGCAAGAACACGUAGCUAGCUAACAAAGCUCGAAAUGCAACAUCUCAAGGAAAAAGGUCCCUUUCUUCCCCCAGCGUCUCUGCGUCUUUUGGUUCCUCCACUGCGGCUGAUGUCUGCAGCACUAUGGCAGGUUGUUCAGCGGAGAGACGUCAUGGACUACGGCUUGGUGGAGGAGUUUGUCAUCACUGUGUUGGACAUAGUCCCAGAUCUGAUGAGUUACAGAGAGAAAGUCCAACUCAUCAUGGGCCUGAGAGCACAGCUGGUUCUGAAGUUGUUGCACUCAGAACAACUAGCCGACUCUGAUUCCAUCCAGUCACACCUGAAUAGGAUGAAGACCUGCAGCAUCACCCAUAGGGACAACCAGGUGAGUCACUCAGAACAACUAGCCGACUCUGAUUCCAUCCAGUCACACCUGAAUAGGAUGAAGACCUGCAGCAUCACCCAUAGGGACAACCAGGUGAGUCACUCAGAACAACUAGCCGACUCUGAUUCCAUCCAGUCACACCUGAAUAGGAUGAAGACCUGCAGCAUCACCCAUAGGGACAACCAGGUGAGUCACUCAGAACAACUAGCUGACUCUGAUUCCAUUCAGUCACACCUGAAUAGGAUGAAGACCUGCAGCAUCACCCAUAGGGACAACCAGGUGAGUCACUCAGAACAACUAGCUGACUCUGAUUCCAUUCAGUCACACCUGAAUAGGAUGAAGACCUGCAGCAUCACCCAUAGGGACAACCAGGUGAGUCACUCAGAACAACUAGCCGACUCUGACACCAUUCAGUCACACCUGAAUAGGAUGAAGACCUGCAGCAUCACCCAUAGGGACAACCAGAUUUGUGAUCCUGAGGUGGAGGCAUCAGAAUCCAACUUCCUGAAGCUGAUUAAAACGCUGCUGGAAGACCGAGUUGAGAGAGAACGCUUCUUUCAGAACGUUUUUCCAGAGGAAUUCGGCCCAAAGUAUCACUCCGCACUGCAGACUCUGGUGUGGGAGUUCCUCUCCAGACUGGAGAAGCUGCUUCCAACACCGACCCUUCAACAGACUGCAUCUUGGUUUCUACCUGACCCCUCUGUCCUGGAGGAAUGUGGGCAGUCGGUGCGUCACCCUCAACCUUUGAGGACCCUUCUCCAGUACCACACCAACCCUUCUCCAGUCCCACACCAACCCUUCUCCAGUACAACACCAACCCUUCUCCAGUACCACACCAACCCUUCUCCAGUACCACAUAUUGAGGCCAAUGACAACCACAUCCUGUCUCCAUCUCCCCGAGAGUCAUUCACUGACCAAGCUGACGCAGAGAUCCAAUCAGAACCCAUACAGACAUUUAUAACCAUUCAAAGCCCUGCAUCAUAUUACUUUGAGUCAGAAAUGACACCUUCGCUGGAUUACAGGGAGAGUCAACGAGGGAUGAAUUUAGACCACACUGCAAAUGUGGACAUUUUGCCUUUGAAUGAAGAGGUAGAGUGUGUAAACAAGGAAACUCUUGACAAAGAGAGUGAAAUGGAUCAUGCUUUUCUUCACCUUCGUGCUGACAGUGGGCCGAAAAUCCAACCAGGAGCUCGCCGCUUCGAAAAGGAAGUGCAGGACGUUUCUAAUUUGUCUACGUCCUGUCGGCUCCUUGAGCCCACGGUGCUGCUGCACAGACUUGACAUUAAUGAUAUGCUGUCACCUGUGUCAGAGGUUUUUCCAACGCCGAGCAGAGAGAGGCUUCAGAUUGACAAUGUGGAAACCCAAGGACAGAGAGAAGGACGGGUCAUAUCACAAAAGAGCGAGAGGAAUGUCGAUGUAGAGCCCUCAGAUAGCCAACCUCAAUAUUCUCUGGUCCCUGGCCCAUGCCAUACUAAGGGGCAGCCUAAAAGAAGCAUGCGUGUCAAAAUAUGCUCCUUGUGUGGGAAAACUUUCAGGGAAGCAAAGGAUUUGACAGCACACAUAACAUCUCACACUGAGCAGAGGCCUUACCAGAACACCAUGUGUAGACAAGACGUUGAAUACCAUGAGGACUUACAGAAACAUCGUCAGAAUGUGUGUGAGGUGGCAAUUCAACCAGAAGAGGAUAACACGUCUGCGACAUCGACGGAGGAUUGCACAGAGAUAUCCCAGCCCCACAACACUUUACCCCAGAGAAGGCACAUGAAAAUCCAACAUGGUAAACCAAGACAGUCUUCCAAAGUCAUCAAAUGCUCCCUGUGUGACAGGACCUUCAGUAAGGCGUCCCACAUGGAAAAGCACAUGAGAUACACACAUGGGAAGCUCCUGUGCCUCAACUGUGGGGAUGUUUUUGAGAACUCCACUUUGAAGAAACAUAAAAAAGUGUGCUUGAAGACAAAGAAACGUCUCUCUUGCUCUCUGUGCGGGGACACCUUUGAUCUCUCUGAGCCAAACGUGCGUGAGGACGUGAACCCACAGCAACUUCAGAGGAAGGCUCUUCCAGAGGCCAGCGUGCUUUUAGCAGCAGUAGAGAAUGCGACAGAGAUACCUCAGCCCUCAAACACAACACCCCAAAACCCAACCACCUCCAAUGCUCUGCCCUUUCAGCUAGCUAAUCAUUACAGAAAAUGCCUUUUGUGUAAAGAAGCUUUUGAUAACGGAGAUGACCUGAGAAGACAUCUGAGAUUUCAACAUGGCGUACUUCCUCAUCUGUGCUUCAAAUGUGGGGAGAGUUUCCAAAGCACAUCUGAUCGGGAGAAACACUCAGACGAGUGUUCCGGUCAAAACAUUCCAGAUUCCAGAAAGUGUCCCGGGUGCAGGACAAGGACUUCUCAAUAUAGGCAGCAGCAGCAGGAAAUGACAAGUCAGGAAGUGAACCUUAAAAGACACCAGACAGCCUGGCCACUAAAUACAGGGGAAAAGGAGAUGGAGAUCCCACAGUCCAGCAGCACAGACGUUGACUUCUCAAAUGACUCUCAGCAACACCAGCUAAACCAAUCAGUCAAUCAAUCAAACUUAUUUGUAAGGUGCUUUUUCGAUCAGCGAACUGCUCUUACAGUAAGCCGGUCUAGACCCCGAAGAGCCAACCAGUGUGAUGAGAGGAACAUUCAGACACAGCAAGACUUUAAUGAGGAAGUCAAUGCAAGCCAACCCCUAAGGGAGGUUGACCGAGCAGGUGGAAGCACAUCUCAGCCUUCAAGGGGGAACGGGAUAGAGACUCCCCAGCCCCACAGUACUGAAUCCCAGAACCCAACAACCUGCGACACUUCCCCCACUCUGCCCCCUGGUGUGAAUUUAGAUUCUAGAACAUGUCAUGUGUGCUCCAAGAGUUUUCGUAGGAAACAAUCCCUGAUUUUGCAUCUGAGACGUCACGGUGAGGGGGCCAUUAAGUGUCCCAUAUGUUCAAGGUGCUUUGGUCGCAACAGGGAUUUAAAGUUUCACCUGGCCAACAAAUCAGGCUGUGGGCCAAUGCGCCGUAAUCUUACCACCGUAAUCGUUCCCACAAAAGACACGCCGGUCUUCACUUGCCCCGAUUGUCUGCAACAGUUCACAAGCGAAAAGAAACUGAAAUCCCACAUGGUAUGUCACACAGGAGAUGGGUUCUCCUGUAGCUUUUGUGGGAAAAUGUUUGCUGGACAUAAUCAAUUAAAGUUUCAUAUUCGUUGUCAUAGUUACAGGCCUUAUCUAUGUGAUACGUGUGGCAAGGAUUUCCCAUCUCAGAGUGCAUUGGAAUCACACGAGCGUGUGCACACAGACGAGCGGGCAUACUCUUGCACGGAUUGUGGGAAAACCUUUAAGCGUAAGGGUACCCUGACACAACAUCGACUGAUUCAUACGGGAGAGCGGCCAUUUGCGUGUACUCUUUGUCAAGUACGCUUUACCACUAAUAAGCAUCUGAAACUGCACAUGAUGUGUCACACAGGGGAGAGGCCUUUCAAAUGUACGCUUUGUGGGAAGGGCUUUAGACAGAAAGGCGAUUUGAGGCAACAUCAAGCUCUGUGUUCCUAGUUGCCUUUCGGCUCAAGAGUUAAGAUAAAGAGUUCUUAUUGUGUCAGUAUUCAGACGUGUUAUAAUUCUGUCUUACCCUGCGUUCAUAACAUCUGGUAAAUUUGGGAAUACCAGCAAUCUGACUGUGAAAAAGAAUCCACUUUAACGCCUCUCCAACUGGUAAUUACUAGUGGGGAAACUGGUCUGUCAUCUCUGAGCUUCCGACUUCUGCCACAUGCUGAACUCUGACAUCACAGACAAAGAAAUGUAAUUAAGGAAAUUACCUUGAUAACAGCAUUUUUGGCAGUUAAAUGCAACAACAAAACAUUAUUUAUAAAAAAUAAAAUAAAAAAUCUAUGAAUAUGUUUUUUGAAAACAAGUUGUUAGUGAGCAGGUUGCUGUACUUUCAGUUUAUGGUUGACACAGUUUUGCCAUCAGCCAAUCGGUGUUUUCUAAAUUGGUUCAAAGCAUGUGAAUGUACUCAACUCGUUGCUCCCAGUUUCCCGUUUGUCGUGAAGGCAGCAUAAAGCACGCCCAUGGGAAGUGCUGCAGGUGCAUUCCAAGAAGGUUUGGAAUGGAGACUUCAACUUACUAUUUUGACGAGGUUAUCAAUUAGCCUAUUAGACCAAUGUCAAUGGGGAUGUUUCCAAAUGCAAUAGACCUUAUUCCACCCGUCGCAUAAAUAAGGCCUAUUAAGUACAUGAAUGGUUUAAAUUCUUUGUCUUGCACAAUUGUCCAUGGCUGUCUUAUUGCAACGAUCCAGAACUUUCUGAGAGAAGAUAAAUAUUGUCUGAUUCGAGGAAUCGCUGAAGACUGAAAUGCUGAUAAAAUGCUAUUGUAACAGAUCUCUCAGUGGGCAGAUGUUCCAUUGGGUGAAUUUUGGGGAGGAUGAUGCACUGCCCAGUUUCAAGCACAUGUGUAGAAGUCUGAAUACUGGGGCUUGUGCCAGUAAACUCAUAAUUCAGCCAACUCUGAAAAGAGCACUAGUCAUUUUGAUUUGUGAUAUACACUAACCAGAUGUAUUUGUUGGGUAAAUUAGAUAGCAUUCCUGUUGGGUGGUUCUUAUCAACAGACUAAAACCCUUCUACUUUUUCCACACAAAAUAAACUGCUUCUUUGAGUUACUUUUGAAUUCUCCAUAUUGAAUGAGUUACUUUUGAAUUCUCCAUAUUGAAUUAGUUAAUUUUUAAUUAUCCUUAUUGAAUGAGUUAAUUUUUAAUUCUCCCUAUUGAAUGAGUUAAUUUUUAAUUCUCCCUAUUGAAUGAAAUAAUCUAAUCUGUUGAAAAAUGUUUAUUUUUUUAAUUACAAACUUCUUAGCUUUGUAAAACAGCCAAUUGUAUAUAUCCUUUACAAAACUGCAACUAUAUGUCUAGAAGAAUUGUAAUAAACAUAACAGCAACCCA